ACCGCAGUCGUCGAACUGCGCGUCCAAGUAAAAUAUUUGGUUAUCACUACUAGUACAGUGGUUAUUUACUGUACCUUGCCAACCACGCGCCGGCUUCAAGUUUCCCACGCCCUCCUGGUCCUGCCGCAGCAUUGUCCCGCGGUGAGUAAAUAGCGUCUGCUUGUUGUUCGCAUAACCACUCGAACGUCAUGGCCGACUACGACCGCCGCCGCCGAGGAGGAGGUGGAGGUGGUGGAGGCCACUUCAACAACCGCAAGAGAAGAUACAGAGAUGAUGACUACGAUGACCGUCGCCCACAGCGCCGUCGCUACGAAGAACCGCUGGCGGCAACGGUUCGCAAGCAAGUUUUGUCAAUCGCAGAAAAUCCAAUUCGAAGAGCGGAAGAUGAUGUUGCGACCAUCGCGAAGACACUGGCGGAAAAUUACUUUGACCAUGACCUGACCUCUGGAUUCGUGGAGCUUGUUGUACAAAUGAUCAUCCAGCAACCUCUCAAGGUUCCCUUUAUCGCGGCUAUUGUGCUCCAUUCGAACGCCCAGAAGCCCGAUCUGACGACUGAUGUACUGGCCAGAAUUGGCGCAGCCUUGCAGCGUUGCCUAGAUCUGGGAGAAUGGCGUGAAGUCAAGUUAUACCUGCGGUUUUUAGCCUGCCUACAAGCCAUUUUCGAGGGUGAUGGCGUCUUCACGAUCCUUGAAGACCUUUUCUCUCGGGCGGCGGACCUCCAAAUGAAGUCCUCUGAAGAUUCUCUGGGUCUUGAAUUGGUCAAGGUGAUCCUCAUGACCAUCCCCUACGCCAUGUCCUCCUCCGCAAGCGGCUUCGAGGAUGUCGCAAGCGCUCUAUUGGAAAAGACCGACAUCAUUGCCUCGACUGCCCACCCUCUGGAGACUCUAGUCGACCCAUUUCCUAACCCUGAGACUGGCACUGCUACCAGCGCCGAGAGUGCACUUGCUCUUCUCCAGAGACACAUGCAAGAAGAGGCAAAGAACUCCUGGGAACUGUCCUGUUUGCCCCGGCCGUGGAAGGCCCACCGUUCUUUCGAGGAGGAGGAAGCCUUGUCAUCGGCGCAGAAACACCAAUUCCCGCAAGUGAAGGUCCCUGAAGUCGUCCAAACCGGACCACGCUCUAUCUUUCCCGAGGUCUACUUCUCGGUCUACGGCGAGCAGGAGAUUGAAACAGUACCCGGCCCGUCUGACACUGCCGCCUUACUGAUCCGCGACGCCCUAGCUGACACAAUCAAUGUCCUCGACUUCAACAGAAUGGUAGCCGCGAAAUUCCUCAUCGAUGUCGACUGCUACUUUGCCCCCGACACCUUUGUGAAGAGGGCCACCCCGUUUGACAAAUUACGCGAGGUGUCAGGGGACAAGCCCACCUGGAAGCCGGAAGAUGUCAUUGUCGAUGCCGCUUUCGCCCAGCUGAUGCAACUACCGGCACCGGAACAUAAGUUAGUCUAUUUCCAUUCAGUGCUUACCGAGACUUGCAAACUGGCACCGGCGGCUGUGGCACCUAGUCUGGGUAGGGCUAUUCGGUUCUUGUAUCGCAAUGUAGAGAAACUGGACUUUGAGCUUUCUCAGCGUUUUCUGGACUGGUUCGCUCACCAUCUCAGCAAUUUCGGAUUUACCUGGAAAUGGACCGAGUGGGUCGACGAUGUCAGCUUGCCAGAUGUCCAUCCCCGCAAGGCGUUCAUCAUUGACGCACUGGACAAGGAAAUACGCCUGAGCUUUUCGAAGCGCAUCAAGGGUACUCUACCUGAGCCAUACCAGGCCCUGAUUUCCGAAGCCAAAGACAAAGAUGCGCCGGACUUCAAGUACAACGACGAGUCCACCCCCUUCUCUGCCGAAGGGAAAGAGAUUGCUCAGAUGAUACGGCGGAAAGCAGGCAAUGAAGAGUUCACCACGAUAUUUGAGAAAAUCGAGCAGGACGCGGCCUCGUCCGGUCUGACGGAACCAGCACUUGCGUCGGCGGAUGCAUUUGUCACAUCGAUCUGCUGGGUGGGGUCCAAGUCUCUGUCUCAUGUGCUGGCCUGCAUUGAACGGUGCAAGGAGCGUCUAAUGGCAAUCAGCACUUCGAGUCCUACAUGCCGGAAGCAGAUCAUCACGUCUGUGAUGGACUACUGGAAAGAUCAGACCGGGGUCGGCAUCGCGAUCUUGGACAAGCUGCUCAAUUACCAGAUAUUGACCCCGGCCAGUGUGCUGGAGUGGGCGUUGAUCGACCACGUCGCGCGGGGGACACUGCUUGCCAAAACAUGGUGCUACGAGUUGGUCAACAACACCACGAGAAAAGUCGCCGGCCGCGUCAGGAGCAUCGUCGGCGCAAUCCGCCAGCCGGGCCUUGGCGAGGAACAGAAGGCCGAACUGCAACAAGCGCUCUCUCGAGAACUCGAAACCAUGAAGACGCUCUUUGGCAUCAUCGAGGAUGCGGUCGUCAGCAUCCGCGAUGGCAACCAAGACGAGAUGAUGGAGAGCAGCGACGCUCUGCGCGCCGAGGACGAAGCCCUGAUCAGGGCCUGGGGCGGCAAAUGGGCCAGAGUGUUCCAGCGCAAAUAUGCCGUCGAGGACAGCUGGGUACGUGAAGAGUUGGCUAAGCCGAUUCCCGAACCCGAGCCUGAGUCCGCUGCCGCUGGUACCGCCACCAAAGCAGGCGAUGUUGCGACGGAUGACGAUCUGAAGAUUGCCGAAGCCAACAAGACCGCCGCAGCAGAUGGGCCCGUGGACGGACAGGUCGCUGAUGCCGAGAAUGAAGCUCAGAUCGAAUAGAGCGUGUACGCUGUCUAUACUGUCUAGCAAGUCUAGGGUUUCGAGAUAUGUGGAUGCCUGCCAUCUAGAAUGAGGGAUGGGCCGAUUGAUCCCACGAUGAUUGGAGACCGGUCAAGUCUGUAUACUUAGGCAGAGGUCAGACAGACAUAGAGGCAGACAGCCUUGUAUCUUUCUUUUCCAUUGCCGUUUCGCAACCUGUAAGAUUAUACCUACGUAUAUAGAUAGGUACGUUAGGUGCCUUGGAAAAGCAACAUAGCACACCAAGCUGUUCUCUACUGUUCUGACCAGCAACUUUUUAC